CUCCUUAUCUGUAUGUCUCUUCCCAGAUUCGGCCGCAUUGGCCGCCUGGUCACCAGGGCUGCUAUCAUGUCUGGCAAAGUUCAAGUGGUGGCCAUCAACGAUCCCUUCAUUGACCUGAACUACAUGGUUUACAUGUUCAAGUAUGACUCUACUCACGGUCACUUCCAUGGCACUGUCAAGGCUGAGCAUGGGAAACUUGUAAUUAAUGGGCAUGCCAUUACCAUUUUCCAGGAACGUGAUCCCAGCAACAUCAAGUGGGGAGAAGCUGGUGCUGAAUACGUUGUGGAGUCCACUGGUGUCUUCACCACUACAGAGAAGGCCAGCGCUCACCUGAAGGGUGGUGCUAAGCGUGUUAUCAUCUCUGCCCCCUCAGCUGAUGCUCCCAUGUUUGUGAUGGGUGUCAACCAUGAGAAGUAUGACAAGUCUCUGAAAAUUGUCAGCAAUGCCUCUUGCACCACCAACUGCUUGGCACCCUUGGCCAAGGUCAUCCAUGACAACUUUGGCAUUGUGGAAGGUCUUAUGACCACUGUCCAUGCCAUCACAGCCACGCAGAAGACUGUGGAUGGCCCCUCUGGGAAAAUGUGGAGGGAUGGCAGAGGUGCUGCCCAGAACAUUAUCCCUGCAUCUACUGGGGCUGCUAAGGCUGUUGGAAAGGUCAUCCCUGAGCUCAAUGGGAAACUUACUGGAAUGGCUUUCCGUGUGCCAACCCCCAAUGUCUCAGUUGUGGACCUGACCUGCCGUCUGGAAAAACCAGCCAAGUAUGAUGACAUUAAGAGGGUAGUGAAGGCUGCUGCUGAAGGGCCCUUGAAGGGCAUCUUGGGAUACACAGAGGACCAGGUUGUCUCCUGUGACUUCAAUGGUGACAGCCAUUCCUCCACCUUUGAUGCGGGUGCUGGCAUUGCCCUGAACGAUCACUUUGUGAAGCUGGUUUCCUGGUAUGACAAUGAGUUUGGAUACAGCAACCGUGUUGUGGACUUGAUGGUCCACAUGGCAUCCAAGGAGUGAGCUGAAUACAUGAGCCCCCCUGCUGCCUAGGGAAGCAGGACUCUCCCUCGCUAGAGACCCUGUCCUUUUCACCACCACGUAGCUCUGCAAACUGCAGUGAGAGGCCAGUUCUGUUCCCUUCUGCCUCCCCCACUCCUCCAACUUGCUCCUGAGCCUGGGGGAGAUGGUGAGGCUGAUAGAAACUGAUCUGUUUCUGUACCACCUGACAUCAAUAAAAUGAUCACCAUCUGAAA